UAUGAUAAAUUGUAAUUUUAAACUUGACAAAUGAUUCAUUUUUAAUGUCUUAAUUUUUUAAUAAUGUGCGUGCAAUAGGAUGUUUAUUUGCUAAAAAUUUAAAAAUUAAUUUUAUUUUAUUUUCCUGUGCAAUUUCUCCAUCUUAAAUUUCGUUGAUCAAAUAUUCUGUUUUGUUUUAUAAUCUGUUAUGUCACAAAGAAAAUAAAAAAUUACAAGUUUGUGACAAAUAUCAAGAGAUUUUCUUUCGACGAGGUAAAUCAUGGGAGGCGCAGUGAGUGCUGGAGAAGAUAAUGAUGAAUUGGUGGACAAUCUUGUCGCAGCUAGAAUAAUUCGUUCUCAAGAGGUCGAAAAAAUUUUCCGUGCUGUUGAUCGUGGACAUUAUUAUACAGAUGAUUUCAAAGAAGAUGCCUAUCGAGAUACAGCUUGGAAAGAUGGACUUCUCCACCUUUCUGCUCCAUGCAUUUACUCAGAGGUAAUGGAGUAUCUCGAUUUAAAACCUGGUCUUUCAUUUCUCAAUCUUGGUUCAGGAACAGGAUAUCUUAGCACCAUGGUAGGCCUCGUACUUGGUAAAACAGGUAUUAACCACGGAGUAGAGCUCCAUCAAAGUGUUGUUGAUUAUGCCUACAAAAAAUUGGAGGAAUUUAAAACCAAAUUAUCUAACCUUACUCAGUUCGAGUUUUGUGAACCGACCUUCAUUUCUGGUAACUUUUUGAAAAUUGAUCCAUCAACCAUCCGACAAUACGAUCGCGUUUAUUGUGGCACUGCAUGUACCGAAAAAGACGAACCUUACUUGAGACAAUUCAUUAAGAUAAAUGGUUUACUCGUUAUGCCCAUAGAUGACCAAUUAGCUGUGAUCAACCGUGUUUCUGAUACUGAGUUCAAAAAAAGAUAUGUAUAUGCUGUUAGUUUUGCAGCUAUAACUCGACCUAAACCUGAUGAUGUUUUGAUCAAAUUACCGAUGAUCGAUCCUGUUAAAUUGACAGAACUUUGUCGAAAUAAAGUCAAAGGCCUUAUCAAUCUGAGCAGUUGUCGAGAAAACGAAGAGUGGCAAAAAAGUCCAGAACGGAGAAUUUUAACCUACUACAAUUUAAUUGAUGAAACUUAAAAUUCAAUUUUAUAUUGCUCAAUAAUUGAUAUCUUCUUGUAUCUUGAUUUAAAUACGCUUCAACGCACCACAACAGACGUCUUGGUUCAUAUUAAUUUGAUUUAUUUGAUAUCAAACCAUACUUGAUUAAUUUCUAUAUUUUAAACUGAAUGAUAUUAUAUUAUAUCUAAAGAAACUCACGAUUGUGAUUGGUUUAAGGACAAGUUUAAAAAACUUAUUAAAUUUAAGGUGAAUGUUCAUAUAUCUCA